CUCAGCCUGUUUCAGAGUUGAGAGCACAGACGAAGCGGAGCAGAACAGGAUGCAGGCCAUCAAGUGUGUGGUCGUGGGAGAUGGAGCGGUGGGAAAAACAUGUCUUCUCAUCAGCUACACAACCAAUGCCUUCCCCGGGGAGUACAUUCCUACUGUAUUUGACAACUACUCAGCGAAUGUGAUGGUGGACGGAAAGCCAAUCAACCUGGGCCUCUGGGAUACAGCUGGACAGGAAGACUACGACAGGCUCCGCCCAUUGGCCUACCCUCAGACGGAUGUUUUCCUGAUCUGUUUCUCCCUGGUGAACCCAGCGUCCUUUGAGAACGUCAGAGCAAAGUGGUACCCCGAGGUUGGACACCACUGCCCCGACCCACCCAUCAUCCUGGUGGGCACCAAGCUGGAUCUGAGGGAUGACAAGGAAACCAUUGAGAAGCUGCAGGCAAAGAAGAUGGCACCAAUCACCCCCUCUCAGGGCCUGAAUAUGACAAAGGACAUUGGUGCAGCAAAGUACCUAGAGUGCUCAGCCUUAACCCAGGAAGGUCUGAAGACUGUGUUUGAUGAGGCCAUUCGGGCCGUGCUCUGCCCUCAGUCCCGCCCCAAGAAGAAGAAGGGAUGCUCACUGCUGUAAAUGGACGAGAAAGAAGACAGACAGACGUCCAGGCUGUUGCAGCAAACCUUUCUGUACAGCAUACUCUGAGACUGAUUUUUAAAGCACAUUAUAGACGCUGCACCAGGCACAACGUCCCUGUAAAAUAUACCAAUUUACCAAUGAUAGUGUUGCAAUAAGAUUAGUCCAUAGUAUCUUGCAGCUGUUGGUUUGAGAGUAAGGAACAACGAGUAUCAGGAAAGUA